UCCCAUGCGAUGAUAACACAAGUUACAGAAAUCCUUAGAUCAAUUUUGUCUACUUACAAGCAAAUGUGGAUAUGGAGGGAAGAGAGAUUGAACGGAUGAUGAGGGAAGGUGAGAGAGUCUAGGUUUUUGUGAAAUUUUUGUAUAAAUAUGAUGAAAAACAGUAAACAAAAGAGACUAAGGGAUGGGGUUGGCCGACAGCCACAAAAGGAGAUCCGUGGGGGUUUCCAUUCUCUCUCUGAUUCUGAGAUUUUGGUGACUUUUUUGGCCUCGAUUUCCUCUGAGCUUGAAUCUAAGAGUGGAAUUGGAGCCCUAACCUCUGUUUCUGGGUACGGUUACUGUGGAUUUGUAAUUUCUAUCAAGAAAUUUUAGUGAAGUUUCAACUAAAUUUAUAUUACAUUAUAUUGUACUACAUCAAUUAUGAUAUGGGGCCCGAAGAUGGAGAUGGUUGCUGCACAUGCAACUGUGAUUGUACCUGAAGUUCUUAAAAGCAAUAACUACAAAAGGUGGAGCAUUUUCAUGCGGCACUAUUUAGUGGGCCAAGAUCUUUGGGACGUUGUUCAAUUAAGCCAGUUGCCUGCUGGAGGAAAUAUGGGGGAGUGGAUUAAAAAAAGUGCGAUAGCUCUGCAUGCCAUUAAGAUUUCAUGUGGAGAAGAAAUUUUCGAUAAAAUAAAGGACAUGGAUUCUGCUAAAGAAGUUUGGGAUGCAUUGGCUAAUAUGCACAAACCCCCAGUUGUUCCUCAGGAAAUUACUGAGCACCCCCUACAAAAGCGAACAGACACUUUUACGGCACAAACAUCUGGAAACAUUAGAGGGUCUGAAUAUGAGGCAUUAAUUAAUGCCAUUUCCAAUGGGAACAGUUGGCGAGUAAAGCACUUCCUUACAGAAAAUCCGAAUGCAAGAUCUGCAAGAAUAUUUGAAAAGGGGUACACAGCUCUUCAUUUUUCAGUUUAUAAUAGGAAGGAAAUAAUUGUUAAUUACUUGAUCGAUUCCGCAUUGUCAAAAGAAGAGUUGGAAAUAAAAGAUGAUUCUGGGAGCACGGCUCUUUCCAUUGCUGCUCGUUUCGGAGCUGGGAAAUCGAUUGCACAAAAAUUAGUUGGAAAGAACCCUAAUUUGCUCACCAUUCCAGACGACAAUGGAAAGAUCCCAGUUCAAUUGGCCUGCAGCACAACUCAUGAGGACAUGGCACGCUACCUGUACGUUGCGACUCCACUAGAGUCUCUAAAUGGAGACCGUGGCUUCUACAUCCUGCAAGAGUGUAUAAGUAGGAAAAUGUUUGGUAAGAACUCUAACAUUAAUUAAUUCUUCUUUUCCUUACUAGCUAGUAUAUUAUAUAUACAUAUAUAUGGAUAUAAUUUUUGUUAUUUUACUUUUUCUAACAAACUUUAAUAUUAGAU